GUCACUGAGCGUCCAUAGUAACAUUUGAGGAAAUUUUAGGGGAGUAAGCGCGCCUUUUAUGUGCUACUGGGAUUAAAGCGGUUAUAUGUCGUGUAUGGAUAUUGUAUAAGAUGAUUUAACCAUCCAAUUAACAGCUUUAGUUACAGAUUCUGUGUUAGUGUAACGUAUAGUAGCAAAGUCAGUAAGCCAAAGAUAAAAUAAAAUCUGCUGAGAAUGACGGAAUCGGCACAGUCGUAUUUUCCAACUAUUCCUCCCAAUGCACCAAAGGCAACUGCAUCAUACUGCAGGUCGGUUAAUGAUGCACCGUUUUCUGCGCUGAUGGGAGUGGUGGUUGAUGCCAGAAUUCCAGAUCGGCACCCAGUGACGCCUCGCUGUCGAGUGAGGAAGAUGGUGGGAAGCACGAACCGUUGGAGGCUCCCAGAAUCCCUUGGGAGUGACCUACUCGGAAGUUCCCAGGCCAUUAAAGCGGUCCACAUGAGCUAUAAUAACAGUCUUGUUAAUAUCAUUACAGCUGAAAGUCCGGUUCUAAACAUGAAUCUGGACGUGAGUAGACCAUACACUUUCCGUCAAAUACAGGAUCGUCCAAUCACAGAGCCUGAAAGAAAAUACAGCCAGCUGUCUGUUGAUAAUUUUGCUGUUCCAGCAUCAGCCCCAUCUGUCAAGAUCAGAAACACCCCGACUCCGCUGGGUCCAAUCAAAAAGUUUGUGCCAUCCAAUGCCAGACCAUCAACGCCGCAGGACAUAUUUCUCUACCACUCGAAGAAAAGUCAGAGCCUGUUGGGACCUGGUCAAACGGUUCCUGAAUUUGGUUUUCUGGGGCCGUUAUCAAGAUAUGACGUGGUGUUAAAGUGUCUGAGUAUGGACUGGGAACUUCAUCGGCCUUUCCUGCAGAAGGCAGAAGUCCUGGCUGCCCUCCUGAAGGAAGCUGAAGAUCCUAAGUUUCAGAAGUACUACAGAAGUCCUGCCUCAGAAACACUGGACACAUACAUCAAGAAAAACAAAUUUUACAGCAAUGACUACAAGGAAAUGAGUAAUAGAUUGAGUCUGAUGGAGGAGGAAGAGGAAGUAAAAGGAGUGGACCAUCCAGCGCACGUGUCCGAGAAACGGGUAAACAGUGUCACCCUGAUCAAGCUGGAGUGCCGUGAUCCUCUUCUGACCAGGACAGCGAUGGCUGUUGCCUUAGGUAACCUUUACCAUGAUGAUCUUGAAGUUGAACUUGAAGAAGUUGCUAAUGUAUUGGCCUCGGCCUCUGUCCUCGGGUUUAAAGCUCUACAGGAUGCUUGUGGUGAAAUGAUGCUGAAUAAUAUUAGCCACAGAACUGUGUGUAAAUACCAUCUAGCUGCCUCCAAGUAUCAUCAGGAGCAAGUGGUGUUAGCAUGUGAAAAAUGGCUGGAGCUGAAUCUCAUCCCACAGAUGUCUAGUCAGAUUCAGCUUCGAGAUGUCCCCGUGGAACUGAUACAGAAAAUUCUGAAAUCAAACAGGUUAUUUACUUUCAAUGAGUACAGCAUCUAUAGGCUGCUUUCCUAUUGGCUGUUUCUACAACUCAAUCCCCAUAUACAGCUUAUGCCCUCGCACAGUACAGUACUCUCCUAUUAUAACAGUCUCCCUAAGAACUGUGCCCUUGUGGAGAAGGAUGAAGGCCAGAUGUAUACUGCUCUCUUCUCUGCAGUCCGUUUGACUGGAAUUACUGACACGAAUCACAUCCAGGAUAUGCAGAUAAUGAAUAUUUUACCCCAGGCCCAAUUGAUUGAACUUCUCACCCAGCAUUAUCAUGCACUUCAAAAUGGUGGCGAUAGUUCAGCAUCAAAUAUUGACCAUUUUAAAAGUCUGGCCAAAAGACAAGGUUUUAUCAUGGACAGUCUACUUCAAGGUGGUGGAGACAUGGGUUCACUCAGAAACUUCAAUGCUUACUCGGUUCGACAGGGCUUCAUUAUAGAUGAUGAGCCUCACUAUCAUUCUGAGGUUCUCUCUCUUCACGGAUUCCAUUUUGAGCUGAAGGCUGUCAGAAGCAGUGUUGGUCAUGUGACUUUCUACAUGCAGAGACUUCGACCUGGGGACCCAAUUUUGAGCUUCCGCCAGUGUGAGAGACAUACAUUCUCAAUGAGGCCUGAUAGGGAGGUGCGGUACUGCAUCACGGUACAGCAGUACAACAGGGGGGAUAACUCACUCUUGACCACAGGCAUUGUCAGUCAGAAAUUUGGACUUGGAGACAAAACAAGCAGAAGUGAGUGUUUAAAGAUGGAGAAGCUGGACUGCCCUGUGUAUGUGACCUUCGCCUUGAUGUUUCCAUCAUCCUGAAGGUCAUAAUGGAAGUUAAAAAAGAACCAGAAAAACUGUCUAGAAACAUAUUUUAUAUAAAUUUGCCUUAAAAUUUGCUCAAUUACCAAUCCCUAUUGCUAGCUUUCAUUGCGUAUAUAUAAAUACUCUGACUAAGAAAUGAAUCAUAACUUUGGUUACCUCACGCCUCCAUUCAUUGUUUUGUUGGGUUUGUUGGAGGUUCAAAUCCCUUCUUUGUUUCACCAUAAAUGGAAAACUGAUAUGUUAUUUACAUGUAAUAUCUUAAUGUGCCAUUAUAGAUAUGGUGUUUAUGUUGCUGACGAGAUAAAAUUCUGUCAUUUAAAGUGUUCAACACAGUGUAUAGGCUUAAUUGCUGGAUUGAAAUAAUGCAGGACACGAGGACAGACUUGUAUUGUUUAAAAUAAAUCCAUGAAAUUAGAUUCUAAAGUAGAAGUUAUAUUGCCCUAUUCUUUAUAUAAUGUGAAAAUGAAAACUGUAAAUUCAAGAUAAAGUGAAAGCAUUUUAUUUAUAACCAGGAGCAAUGAUUUAAGUAGUGUACAGAUAUUCUUAUUGAAUUUUAGAAUUUUUAUCUUUCGUGACAUCCUUGCAUAAUUAAUUCAUUGAAGUACUGAAUCAUACUUGGUAUAGUCUUGCACAGUAGACCACUGCAUGCUCAGAAAUAUGAAAAGGUUUAGAAUUAUGCAAAUUUGAGAUUUUUAACUUCAGUAUUUUUCAGUUUAUGACACUAGCCAGCCUAGAUCUGUGAUACUAAAACUUAAGAUUUUCUGGUGCAGUGUAAAUUUUUGUACAGUAUAUAUUUCAAUGACUGUGUUCAGUAGAGAAAAUUGGCCUUCAGAAAAAAAAUAACAUAUGGGAGGCGAUGACAAUUGUUUUGAGAAAAUUGAUGAAUAUAUGACUUGGUGCCAAGAUUUUUUUCCCCAUGAAAACUGAUCAGUGCAGUUUCUACAAUUUGCCUUUUUUAAAAAUAAAAAUACCACAAACUAUAUUUUAUGAUAAAGAACUUGACUGUUGUUGAUCUGUGUAAUAAAAUUUGUUAGAUUUUAAGAGUUUAUUAUUGUAAACCCUGUGGGAUUGUUUUGUAUUGUUAAUUGUUGAUUGUUGUGAAUGCACACUCCCUAUGAGGAGGGUAUUUUUCUGGUAGCACUUCCUGUUUUUAGUUCAUCCUGAUACUGCUCUACACAGGUAGGCGUCAAUCUAAUUGGAAAGCGGAAGCAGUUUGAUAUUUGCGUUCAUUAUGAAUAUUAUUUGCUUUCAAAGAGCUAUAUUUAUAAAUUUCUAACCUAGCUGUUAUUGUUUAGAAUGUGUUUAUAAGAAAAUUACAUGUAUUUAGCCGCUGAAAGCAUACAGUUUGGUCCUUUCAAAAAUAUUUGUAUUUUCUCUAUUACAUAUAUAUUCUCUACAUAAAACAUUUUGGAUAAUAAUGUAUUAAUACUUUUCAUCAAUUCGUUUACUGCUUAUGUGUAUUCAGAUUUUUAUAUUAAAUGUACAUAUUUAUUACCAAAUGUUUAUUUCAAUCUGGAGGGUGAAUUAACAUGUAUAUUUUUAAAACCAAAUUUUACUUUGAAAUACAAAUUUUUAUAAUAAAUAUAUUUUUAGUGAUAUAUAUUCAAAAUUAUUUUUAAAACCAUGUCAAUUUAUAUUAAAUAGAAGUACUAAGCAAAUUAAUGUGAUUAUAUGCUACAUGUAAAAUAGAGGAAGUUUUGAAUAGUUCAUAUUAUACACGUAGAUAUAUAAGAACACCUGUGGAAGCCUAAUGACAUCACAUGUGCAGUACAGUGUAUGAUGAUUAUAUGGUAUGUCAGUGGGUUAUUGUCAUAGCAUGCUACUAUAAAUCUUACAUAAUGGUUAUUUAAUCAUGCCUACAAGUGUAAUUUAUUUUCCAAGAUAUCUGUGAUAUUUUCAAGCGGCCAUUUUGUUGUGUAUUUCCCUUAAAAUAUUUAUUUGGUUGUUGUGAAUAAAUGACAGAUUUUAA